AUGAACCUCUGGCUCCUCUUCGUUCCCAUUUUCCCCGACACUACCCAACCAUUGGACGAAUCUUUCGAAUUCACACACCAAUGUAGGUUUGGUAGCACACAUCGUCCUGACAACCUACUUUGCCCCUUGUUCCGUGCCCCUCCAAACACAUCAAUAUGA